AUGCCAGUCGGAGAAUCUGUAACGGGUCAUAUAAAUUUAGGCAUUGCAGAAAGAUUUCAGAAGAAAUUAGUAGUGAUUGAUACACCUGGACUUUUUGAUACUAACAAGAAAAAAGAUAACACAGAUAUUUUACGAGAGAUAUCUAAAUGUUACGCAGUUACGUCUCCGGGUAUUCAUGCUAUUAUUCUAACAAUACCCAUUGGAAGAAUAACGGAUAAUAUUGACGAGACAGUAAAUAUCUUUUUGAGCUAUUUUGGAAACGAAGCAACUUCAGUAAUGCUAAUCGUAUUCACGUUUAAAGCUCAACUUGAAAUAGAGGAAAUGCCAUUUGAAACUUAUAUUAACUCAAUUCCGAAGGAAUCCCCUCUUUAUACAGUUUUGAAACAAGUAAAUGGGAGAUAUCUUGCCUUCGGAUAUAAGGGGGAAAAGGCAGAUAGGGAUGAAGAAGUAAAACAACUUUUAGAUAUGAUAGACAGAAACGUAGAAAAUCUACCUGAUGGCUCGUUUUCUAAUGAAAUGUUUAGAGAAUUAGAACAAUACCUGCGAGAUGAAGAGGAAGCCGCUAAAUAUUAUGAACAAUGGAAAGAAAAAAAAGAAUACAAAGAAACAAAUAGAGAUAGACUCAGAAGAUCAAUUGUCGAUGACAUAAUAGAAUUCUUUGAUCCUUAUUUCGAAUACUUCUCACAAUUAUAUAAAUCGAUGGUUUACCAGUAA